ACCACCACCCACAGAGGGGUGAAUCGAUACUUGGGCCCGCUUCGACCUAUCGAUGCGACUGUCGAGAGUCGUUCGAUAUACUGCAUGUCGACCCAAAAUGGCGGGGAACUGGAUGCGCGAGAGUUACUGGCGGUUGGAAACUCGUGUGCACGCGGUGCGAACAAUUCGCGCGCGAAUUUGCUUUUUCGGUGAAUAACAAGAUUUAACGCUCGUUGUGACGACUGAAACGGCCUAUUCUUUAGUUUCCUGUGAUUUGUUGUCCAAAGCCACGCUAGACGUGAGGUCUACGGACGCUUGUGGACGCUUGUAACGGUCUAACGGAAAACUGCGCCGGACAUAACCUCCAAGGCAAUUCCCAUCUAAAAAGAUGGCGGAGGUCGCGGACGACGCACCCCUGACGGACCCGGAGCUGGCCCUCUCCCAGGGGAAACGGCAUCUCCUGGUGAUGGACUACGCGAUGGCGGUUACCGCCCUCGGCAGAGCCUGCGAGUUGCUCGCCAGGAAACACGGCGACACAGCCGAUGAGCUAGGCGAGCCCUACGUUUUCUACGGGCAGGCACUCCUCGGUCUCGCCAGGGAAGAGGCGGGGGUUCUGGGGGGCGGCGUUCCCGGCUCGGAGGAUGCCGACCCCGACGCCGAUGACGAAGACGAGGACGUGGACGAGGAGGAGGAUGCGCAGGAUGCGCAGGAGGAGGAGAGCGGCAAGGUCGAAGCGAAGGAGAGCGACAAAGACCCGGAAAAGAAGAGCGCAAACGAGAACGAGAAACUAGAUAGUCAGGAGUCGAGCGCUCCGGAAAGGACGACCGAGGACGAGGCGAAGGCCACGAAGAGCGAUAUCAAAGGUUCCGAAGUAGUGGCCAACGGCCUGGACGGUGCGGCCUCGACCUCCGGCUCGUCUCCGAAGAAAAACGGGGGAAAAGAGGACGAGACCGAGGACGGGGACGAAGAAGACGAGGACGAGGAUGACGUGAACAACCUGCAGUUGGCCUGGGAGGUGUUGGAACUGGCGAAACUGGUCCUGGUGAAACGGGGUCCCCCGGGAUUGAAGCCGCUGGCCGCGGCUCACCGGCUCCUGGGAGAGGUCGCGAUGGAGAGCGGUAAUCACCUGGGCGCGCUGGCCGAGCUCAGAGAAUGCCUGAAAAUCUUGGAGAAAUUGGAGCCUCGGGAUUCCGGGGCGAUCGCCGAGGCCCACUAUCAGCUGGGAUUGAUCCAUUCUCUGGGAAACGAAUUCGACUCGAGCAUAGAACAGUUCAAUCGGGCCACCGUCCUGCUCCAGGAAAGAAUCGAGGAGUUGGAGAAGACGUCGGAACCCCCUGCCCCGACGGAUAAUCCUUUUUAUACCGUAGAGGGCGAAAUCAAGGAGAUGAGGGAACUGCUGCCAGAGAUUCGUGAGAAAAUCGCAGACAUGAAGGACUUCAAGCAGGAGGCCUGCAGGCUGUUGAUCGAAGGCAUCAAGAAUAAAGUGGGCUCUGGCGCUGCGGAUCAAGAUGGCUCCGCCGGUGCUUCCGGCUCCGGGCUGGCUUCUGGAAGCGAUCAGGCCAAGGCCAAGAAGGAGCAGAAGCCGGUCAGUGACAUUUCGCAUCUGGUCAGAAAAAAACGCAAGGCCGAGGACAAAGAGCCCGAAGGGGCCGCGGAGAUUUCGCCGUGUAAGAAGCUCACUCCGGAUAGAAACGGACUGAAUUAGGGGAAAGAAUCGGAGAAAAGGUAAGGAUGGUAAAUCCGAUGUUGCCGAAGAGGCUCGCUUCCAGGGAAGUUCACCUCGGAUAAGAGCCGACCAGGAAGGAAGAAAUUCUGUGUCGGAAGAAUGGUACAGAUAGUGGUGGCUUAGUACUCGUGAACGAACCGUGUAGAGGUGACUACCUAUCCAAUUGUCUCGAGUGUUUUAGGCUUAAAAACUAUGACUAUCUGAAUGGCUGAAUUUUUUUAUCCUUUGAUAUGAUUCUUGGUAAACUUCUGUGUCAUAGGGUUCUAUUGCGAUGGUCUCCUCUAAUCGGUGGUUUAGUUAGUCUUUAUGUAUUGAGGUCUUUUAAAGGAGACUCGAUGAGAAAGGACCGUCAAGACGAUAGGGAACUCUGUGUAACUCUCGGAGUGUCCGUGCUCAUACUCGACAGUUUCUUCUCCUGAAGGUGUGCUCUAACAUGCAUCGACGGAGUUAGUUAGGUUGUAAUAUUGUAAGUCCGGUUGAUAAAAAUUCAACGGUGUUCUUUUUUACGCUGUCUAUUUCAAGAUGGUCUCCCGGUUACAAGGAAGAUUCUAUUUGUUAAAAAUAAUAAUAAUAAUAAUAAAUAAUAUACCGGUAAA